AAAACAUCUAUCAUAUCCUCACUCCGAUAAAAAAGCCAAGGAAAAAAAUCUCUCCACCUUCUUCUCCGACCCUAACAAAAUGGAAGAAUCUCCCAACACCACCACAACCAAAUCAACAACUCCAAUCCCAUCCUCUAUUUCCGCAGCUCAACAACAAUUCCUAAUGCUCCAACAACAACAACAACAACAACAAAAUCAAAACCAACAACAACAACAAUUCCUUUUACUCCAACAAAUCCAACAACAACAACAACAACACAAACAACAACAAGCCAUUUCUCGAUUUCCUUCUAACAUCGAUGCCCAUCUUCGUCCAUUACAACAACGACCAAUUCUUAAUCAUCAAUUACAACAACAACAACAAAACCCUAACCCUAAUUCUUUAAAUUCUUCUCAACAAAUUAGACCGAAUGCAGCGACGACAACGAUGAGUCGAAUGCAGACGCAAACACAAGCCCAGAAUAAUAAUAAUAAUAAUAAUAAUAGUAAUAAUGCUGUUGGUUCGCAGCAGCAGCAGCAAACGCCGCCUGCGAACCAGGUGGAAUUGCAGAUGGCUUAUCAGGAUGCUUGGCGUGUUUGUCAUCCAGAUUUUAAAAAACCAUUUUCUUCACUUGAAGAUGCUUGUGAGAGGCUUCUACCUUACCAUGUAGUAGCAGAUUAUGAAGCUGAAGAGGAUGAUAGAAUUCUUGAUUCCGAUACCACAGGCCAAGUACUAUCUCGUACUCAACAGUGGGAUCACAGUAUUGCCAACAAAGUCUCGGAAUUCACUGCCACCUUUGAGAAACAAGUACUUGCAUUCAAUAUCAUAUCUCGUAAACGGGCCAUUGGGGAAUUCCGCUCAGAAGAAAGAUUAUUAAUCGAGCAAGCUCUCCUUCAAGAAGAGAGACGGGCCUUGUUUGAAACAAGGGCAGAAAUGGAAAAACAGCAAAAGGCAGGUCGAGAUGCUCAUGCAGCCAAUAUGAGAAUGGCAGCCAUGGCACAAGCGGAACAAGCUCGGGCUGAGAUGAUGGCUAGGGCACCAAUACGGGCCAGUGCAAUGGGGUCUAUGGGUGAGCAAGAACAGGAAGCAAAUCCAGAUGAGAUGAUGAAUGGAUGGAAUAAUAACAACAAUCAGAGAGACGAGAAAGAACCAUCCGAGGAUUUCUUGAACGAUGAAGAAAGGGAGAAUGGAGAUGCAGGCGUGCAAAGUGAUUGGCGUGAAGGGGGCGAGUUUGAUUUGAAUACAAGACAAUAAGCUUAGAAUCUUGUGUUUGUAUGUUAAAUUUCAAAAUAUGUAUUGUAGUAGUUUAAGUUGGCUAAUAGAUACGUUUUCUUUGUUUGUUA